CCCAUCCGCCGGCCGCCGCCUCGCACCACGGUCCCGCGCCCGGCCGCCUGGCUACCCCGCGCCCCGCGCCACCGCACCAGUCCCGCACGCACGGGCACAGGCGCGCGGGCCUAGGCGCACGGCGGACUGGCGGAGGCCGCCCAGCGCCCGCGCCGCCCUGCACUGCGGUCCGCAGGCGGAGGCCGGCCGCACCUCGACGCCCGCAGGCCCGCACCGCACGGCGGCCGGCCGGCCACGCGGCCUCGCUGGACUCGGCGGCAGCCUCGCCGCGCUGCACCCCUCCCCCUCCCCCUCGGCCGACGCCUUCCUCAACGCGUAGACCUCGCGGAGGCUGUCGGCGGCCGGCCCGCGCCCCUCCCUCGGCCUCCCAUCGCCGCGAAGAGCCCCUCCCUGCCUUCCCCCGGGCCCAGCCGCUCCGCGUCCGCAGGAGCCCGGUCAGUCCAAUCCGUCUGCGGAGAAUUUUUCUUUAUUCUCGCUUGCAUCCUGUCGGUUUUCCAAAGGAUUUCUUUGGUUUGGUGAAAUAAGAGCAGCCAGGCAGAGCCAGAGCCAGGCCGUGGUCGACUCGUGCGAAGAAGGAUUCUUCCUCUUCCUCUUUCUUCUCCGAUCGAUCGAUCCACCACAUCGCAUCGAUCCCAUUCUCCCACCCCUACUCCGCGCGAUGCAGCAGCUGCUGAAGCAGGGCCAAACACCAUCACCCGCACUCGCCGAUCCUGACCGCGGUGAUGCCGCCGCUUCCUCCGCCACGCAGGCGCUCCCCUCCCGCAACGUCUCCUCCAAGUACGACUUCGUCAAGGUCAAGGUCUGGCUCGGGGAGAACGCCGACCACUACUACGUCCUCUCCAGGUUCCUCCUCAGCAGGAUGCUCACCGUCACAAAGAUUCCUAAUCAUGUCGCCAUCAAGAUCGCCCUUGAGCUCAAGAAGCUGCUUGUCGACAACAGCUUGCUUGAUGUUUCCCAGAGUGAUCUAGAGGCUAAUCUAUUCAAGCUUAUGGAGAAACGUGGAUAUGGGGAGGACUAUAUAAAUCGCUAUAAAAUGAUGACAAGGUUCCAUCAUCAAAGAGUACCACUAGUAAUAUUAGUGUGCGGAACUGCCUGUACUGGAAAAUCAACAAUCGCUACGCAACUUGCUCAGAGGCUCAAUUUGCCUAAUGUUUUACAGACAGAUAUGGUGUAUGAGCUGCUGCGGACAUCAACGGAUGCCCCACUUACUUCUAUUCCUGUUUGGGCUCGUGAUUUUAAUUCUCCCGAAGAACUUAUCACUGAAUUCUGCAGAGAAUGCAGAGUUGUACGAAAAGGUUUGGCAGGCGAUUUGAAAAAGGCCAUGAAAGAUGGGAAGCCAAUUAUUAUUGAGGGAAUACAUUUGGAUCCAAGCAUUUAUCUUAUGGACGAGGAAAAGAGAGAUGAUAAUUCCAGGACAGAGAAAACGAUACCGGAUUCUGAAAAUUCAGGCAUCUCUGUAGAAAGUAAGACAGAACAUCAAUCCAAAAAUGGACUGGCGGAGAACAGAAUAAGUCUCACAAAGGAAAAUGAAAAUUUUGUCAAAAUCAAGGACUGCACACUGGAGGAAGGUAGAAUCAGUGAAGGGGUAUCUUAUGCUGAGAGCCACGAAACUGUUACUCAUGAUUCUGCACAUUCUCAAGAAAAAAAUCCCAGAGAUGAAAGUGAUGGGCACAAAGAUUUGGGCCAAUCGAAGAAUUACACCGCCAAGAAAGACAAACCUGCUGCUGAACCGAUAGUUGUUCCAAUUGUGCUGAGGAUGUCUGAUUUUGAUCACAAGGCAUUGUUAGAGGAAUGGAUAGCCACUAGAGCUUUCAGAGAUAAUUGCCUUCCUCAGGAUCAUCGAAAACUUAUAAACAACCUUAAGCUUAUUCAGGACUACCUUUGUUCUUUUGAGUCACAGGGAUUGACCAUUGUUGACAUCUCAGCAAAUUCUUUUCCUCAAACGUUAGAUUGGCUUCACAGUUAUCUUCUUCAGUGUAUCGAGCGAGGUCUUUUGGCUGCGUGUUCAGAAAGCUGCAAUCAAGGGGGAAAUUGAUCGAUAUAUGCGCCUGUUUCCUAUGACAUUUUAUAUCUGGUUGUCUUAAUCUAUUGUGCUGCAAAUAACGAAUCGCUGCAGUGGCAGUGUGCACUGGUAUUCAGUCCACAUUUGUAUUCGUAUUAGAUUGACAACACAUAAAAGUCAAAACUUGGUGACUGUUGUUCAUGCAAAGAGAAGCACUCUUCCUGCAAGCAGGGGUAUAAAAGUCGAAACAUGUUGACUCUGUUAUUCACCAAAUAAUCACUUAUCUGGUGGGCAGAUUGAUUAAUUGUUA